UCGAACUCGAAAAGUACUCGGUCGGCUAAACGGCAAGCGGCGAAAAACAGUGAAAAAAAUAAGGGGAAAGCGAAAAGACGUGCUCAGGAACUGCGGUCGAAGUCUUUAAAAGUGCGUUGCAUCCGAAAAGCGAAUAUCCAGUAUCCAAUAUCCAUUAUCCAAAAGCCGCUUAUUACCGACAUACAAGGAAUUAUUAAGUGACUUAAACAGGGAGACCGCCAGAUCGCCGCCAAAAUGUCGGAGGAAGUAGAUCGCAACGAUCCGGAGCUCAAGUACCUCUCGGUGGAGCGCAACCAGUUCAACGAUCCGGCCACGCAGGCCGAGUGGACACAGAAGCGUCUGGUGUGGGUGCCACACGAGAACCAGGGCUUCGUGGCCGCCAGUAUUAAGCGGGAGCAUGGCGACGAGGUCGAAGUGGAGUUGGCCGAAACCGGCAAGCGGGUAUUGAUCCUACGCGACGACAUACAGAAGAUGAAUCCGCCAAAGUUCGACAAAGUCGAGGACAUGGCCGAGCUGACAUGCCUGAACGAAGCCUCCGUUUUGCACAACAUCAAGGACAGAUACUACUCUGGCCUUAUCUAUACAUAUUCCGGUCUUUUCUGCGUUGUGGUCAACCCGUACAAGAAACUACCGAUCUACACCGAAAAGAUAAUGGAACGGUAUAAGGGCAUAAAACGACACGAAGUGCCUCCGCAUGUAUUUGCAAUCACGGAUAGUGCCUAUAGAAACAUGUUGGGUGAUCGCGAAGACCAAUCGAUUUUGUGUACUGGCGAAUCGGGUGCUGGCAAAACGGAGAACACCAAGAAGGUCAUCCAAUUUCUUGCCUAUGUGGCAGCUUCCAAGCCCAAGGGCUCGGGUGCGGUGCCGCAUCCCGCCGUGCUCAUUGGCGAGCUGGAGCAACAGCUGCUGCAGGCAAAUCCUAUUCUGGAGGCCUUCGGCAAUGCCAAGACCGUCAAAAACGACAACUCUUCGCGUUUUGGUAAAUUCAUUCGAAUCAAUUUCGAUGCCUCGGGAUUCAUCUCGGGAGCCAACAUCGAAACAUAUCUGCUGGAGAAGUCGCGUGCCAUUCGUCAAGCAAAGGACGAACGAACAUUCCAUAUAUUCUACCAGUUGCUGGCGGGGGCCACGCCGGAGCAGCGCGAGAAGUUCAUACUGGAUGACGUCAAGUCGUAUGCAUUCCUUUCCAAUGGCAGCCUGCCUGUACCCGGCGUGGACGACUACGCCGAGUUUCAGGCAACGGUCAAGUCCAUGAACAUCAUGGGCAUGACAUCAGAGGAUUUCAACUCGAUCUUCCGCAUCGUGAGCGCCGUCCUACUGUUCGGCAGCAUGAAAUUCCGUCAGGAGCGCAACAACGACCAGGCCACUCUACCGGACAACACGGUGGCCCAGAAGAUUGCCCAUCUGCUCGGACUUAGUGUGACAGACAUGACCCGGGCUUUCCUGACUCCGCGCAUUAAAGUGGGUCGUGACUUUGUUACGAAGGCGCAGACAAAGGAGCAGGUGGAGUUCGCCGUGGAGGCGAUCGCUAAGGCCUGUUACGAGCGCAUGUUCAAGUGGCUUGUAAACCGCAUUAACCGUUCUCUAGACCGCACCAAGCGCCAAGGAGCCUCCUUCAUCGGCAUUCUCGAUAUGGCGGGCUUCGAAAUCUUUGAGCUCAACUCCUUUGAGCAGCUGUGUAUUAACUACACCAACGAGAAACUGCAGCAGCUCUUUAACCACACCAUGUUCAUCCUGGAGCAGGAAGAGUACCAGCGUGAGGGUAUUGAGUGGAAGUUCAUCGACUUUGGGUUGGACCUGCAGCCUACCAUCGACCUGAUCGAUAAGCCCGGCGGCAUCAUGGCACUGCUGGAUGAGGAGUGCUGGUUCCCCAAAGCCACUGACAAGACGUUUGUCGAUAAACUCGUAUCGGCCCAUUCUAUGCACCCAAAGUUCAUGAAGACCGACUUCCGAGGAGUCGCAGACUUCGCAAUAGUGCAUUACGCCGGACGUGUUGACUACUCGGCGGCCAAGUGGCUGAUGAAGAACAUGGACCCAUUGAACGAGAACAUCGUGUCGCUGCUUCAGGGCUCCCAGGAUCCGUUUGUGGUGAACAUCUGGAAGGAUGCUGAGAUCGUUGGCAUGGCACAGCAGGCCCUGACUGAUACUCAGUUCGGGGCCCGCACCCGCAAGGGCAUGUUCCGCACCGUGUCUCAUCUGUACAAGGAGCAGCUGGCUAAGUUGAUGGACACUCUGCGCAACACGAACCCGAACUUUGUGCGCUGUAUCAUACCGAACCACGAGAAGCGCGCCGGCAAGAUCGAUGCUCCCUUGGUGCUAGACCAGUUGCGGUGCAACGGUGUGCUCGAGGGCAUUCGUAUCUGCCGUCAGGGCUUCCCAAAUCGCAUUCCCUUCCAGGAGUUCCGCCAACGCUACGAACUCCUUACGCCCAACGUGAUUCCCAAAGGAUUCAUGGACGGCAAGAAGGCCUGCGAGAAGAUGAUUCAGGCGCUGGAGCUGGACUCGAACUUGUAUCGAGUGGGCCAGUCGAAGAUCUUCUUCCGCGCUGGUGUCCUCGCUCACCUGGAGGAGGAGCGUGAUUUCAAGAUCUCCGACCUAAUCGUUAACUUCCAGGCCUUCUGUCGUGGCUUCCUUGCGCGUCGCAACUACCAGAAGCGCUUGCAGCAACUUAACGCUAUUCGCAUCAUCCAGCGGAAUUGUGCCGCCUACCUUAAGCUACGGAACUGGCAGUGGUGGCGUUUGUAUACAAAGGUCAAGCCCCUGUUGGAAGUUACCAAGCAGGAGGAGAAGCUUGUCCAGAAGGAGGAUGAGCUGAAGCAGGUACGCGAAAAGCUUGACACACUGGCCAAGAACACGCAGGAGUACGAGCGCAAGUACCAGCAGGCUUUGGUGGAGAAGACCACUCUAGCUGAGCAGCUUCAAGCCGAGAUCGAACUUUGCGCCGAGGCCGAGGAGUCGCGUUCUCGACUGAUGGCGCGCAAACAAGAACUGGAGGACAUGAUGCAAGAGCUUGAGACGCGCAUAGAAGAAGAGGAGGAACGAGUCCUAGCGCUGGGAGGCGAAAAAAAGAAGCUUGAGCUUAAUAUUCAAGAUCUGGAAGAGCAACUCGAAGAAGAAGAGGCCGCCCGCCAAAAACUGCAAUUGGAGAAAGUACAGCUCGACGCUAAAAUUAAAAAGCACGAAGAGGACCUUGCCUUGACUGACGACCAGAACCAGAAGCUUCUAAAGGAGAAAAAGCUAUUGGAAGAGCGUGCUAACGAUCUGUCCCAGACACUUGCUGAGGAGGAGGAAAAGGCUAAACACCUGGCCAAGCUGAAAGCCAAGCACGAAGCCACAAUCACUGAGCUCGAGGAACGUCUGCACAAGGAUCAGCAGCAACGACAGGAGUCUGAUCGGUCCAAGCGGAAGAUCGAGACCGAAGUUGCCGAUCUUAAGGAACAGCUCAACGAACGUCGCGUCCAAGUAGAGGAGAUGCAGGCUCAACUGGCCAAGCGCGAGGAAGAGCUUACCCAGACUCUGUUGCGCAUCGACGAGGAAUCGGCCACGAAGGCCACCGCACAGAAGGCUCAGCGUGAGCUGGAGUCGCAGCUGGCCGAGAUCCAAGAGGAUCUAGAGGCCGAAAAGGCGGCACGUGCAAAGGCGGAGAAGGUUAGACGCGACCUUAGCGAGGAACUAGAGGCUCUUAAGAAUGAGUUGCUGGACUCUCUGGACACCACAGCCGCUCAGCAAGAGUUGCGAUCUAAACGCGAGCAGGAGUUGGCUACGCUGAAAAAGUCGCUCGAAGAAGAGACUGUCAACCACGAAGGAGUUUUGGCCGACAUGCGACACAAACACUCGCAGGAGCUCAACGGCAUCAACGACCAGCUUGAGAACCUGCGCAAAGCCAAAACAGUCCUUGAAAAGGCCAAGGGCACCUUGGAGGCGGAGAACGCCGACUUGGCUACUGAACUGCGCAGCGUCAACAGCUCCCGGCAAGAGAACGACCGCCGGCGCAAGCAGGCAGAGUCGCAGAUUGCUGAGUUGCAGGUAAAACUGGCUGAGAUUGAACGCGCCCGCUCGGAACUGCAGGAAAAGUGCACAAAACUGCAGCAGGAAGCAGAGAACAUAACAAACCAGCUGGAGGAAGCCGAACUAAAGGCCUCGGCCGCCGUCAAGUCUGCAAGCAACAUGGAAUCACAGCUUACUGAAGCUCAGCAGCUGUUGGAGGAGGAAACGCGCCAAAAGCUGGGUCUCAGCUCCAAGCUGCGUCAGAUCGAGUCAGAGAAGGAGGCUCUACAAGAACAGCUGGAGGAGGAUGAUGAAGCCAAGCGUAAUUACGAACGCAAACUGGCUGAAGUCACCGCCCAAAUGCAAGAAAUUAAAAAGAAGGCCGAGGAAGAUGCGGAUCUGGCGAAGGAACUGGAAGAGGGGAAGAAGCGACUCAAUAAGGAUAUCGAGGCAUUGGAACGGCAGGUCAAGGAACUAAUUGCCCAGAACGACCGCCUCGAUAAGAGCAAAAAGAAGAUUCAGUCGGAGCUUGAAGAUGCCACUAUUGAGCUGGAAGCGCAACGUACGAAGGUGCUCGAAUUGGAGAAGAAGCAGAAGAACUUCGACAAGAUUCUUGCCGAGGAGAAAGCCAUAUCAGAACAGAUCGCCCAAGAGCGUGACACUGCAGAACGAGAAGCCCGCGAAAAAGAGACCAAGGUGCUGUCGGUUUCCCGCGAGCUAGACGAAGCUUUUGACAAAAUUGAAGACCUUGAGAACAAGCGAAAGACCCUCCAAAAUGAGCUCGAUGACUUGGCCAACACACAGGGCACUGCCGAUAAGAACGUCCACGAACUGGAGAAGGCGAAGCGGGCGCUAGAGUCUCAGCUGGCUGAACUGAAAGCACAAAAUGAGGAACUUGAGGACGACCUACAGCUGACCGAAGAUGCAAAAUUGCGUCUGGAGGUGAACAUGCAGGCCCUACGUUCCCAGUUCGAACGCGACCUCCUGGCUAAGGAGGAGGGCGCUGAGGAAAAACGACGCGGACUUGUCAAGCAACUGCGGGAUCUUGAAACCGAACUGGACGAGGAGCGUAAACAGCGCACUGCUGCUGUGGCGUCGAAGAAGAAACUGGAGGGCGACCUGAAAGAGAUCGAAACCACCAUGGAGAUGCAUAACAAGGUAAAGGAGGAUGCGUUGAAGCACGCGAAGAAGCUGCAAGCACAAGUCAAGGACGCGCUGCGCGACGCCGAGGAGGCAAAGGCCGCCAAGGAGGAGCUACAGGCGCUGAGCAAGGAGGCCGAGCGCAAGGUCAAGGCCCUGGAGGCAGAAGUAUUACAGCUGACUGAGGAUCUGGCCAGCUCAGAGCGGGCGCGACGUGCUGCCGAAACGGAGCGCGACGAAUUGGCCGAAGAAAUUGCCAAUAAUGCCAACAAGGGCUCCUUAAUGAUCGACGAGAAGCGCCGAUUGGAGGCCCGCAUAGCCACUCUUGAGGAGGAGUUGGAGGAGGAACAGUCCAACUCAGAGGUGCUGCUGGAUCGCAGCCGCAAGGCGCAGCUGCAAAUUGAGCAGCUGACAACUGAGUUGGCGAACGAAAAAUCCAAUUCUCAGAAGAACGAAAACGGGCGCGCUCUGCUCGAGCGCCAGAACAAGGAGCUGAAGGCUAAGCUUGCCGAAAUCGAGACAGCACAGCGGACUAAAGUAAAGGCGACAAUCGCCACGCUAGAGGCCAAGAUCGCCAACCUCGAAGAGCAACUGGAGAACGAGGGCAAGGAGAGGCUGUUGCAGCAAAAGGCCAAUCGCAAGAUGGACAAGAAGAUAAAGGAGCUUACGAUGAACAUCGAGGAUGAACGGAGACAUGUCGACCAGCACAAGGAGCAAAUGGAUAAGCUGAAUAGCCGCAUUAAACUGCUCAAGCGCAACUUGGACGAGACCGAAGAGGAAUUGCAAAAGGAGAAGACGCAGAAGCGCAAGUACCAGCGUGAGUGCGAGGACAUGAUUGAAUCGCAGGAAGCCAUGAAUCGUGAGAUUAACUCACUCAAAACGAAACUACGACGCACCGGCGGCAUGGGUCUCAGCUCCAGCCGGCUCACGGGUACACCUUCAUCAAAGCGUGCAGGAGGAGGCGGCGGCGGCGACGACUCAUCGGUGCAGGAUGAAUCAUUAGAUGGAGAGGAUUCUGGCAAUUGACGCGUUAAUUAUUAGAGGAAGAAAAAGUUGAAGCGCAGGAAGAAGGUGAUGAUGAAGAGCAAAAUAAACGAUUAUAUUUAAUGUUUCUUUUAUAUAA